CAAGUGGAGUUGGGCUUUUAGCAAUGGGCUUAUGCUUUCUUCGAACAGGUUAUAAAAGAAACAACCAGCAACCGCUUUCACCACCCAUUCCGCGCGGCUACUGUCAUCCAGAAGGAGAAAUGUUGCCGGUGAAGUCACCAUCGCCGGGGGCUCAGCACGUGUCGCUGUAUCCUACAAAUGUCUUUGUCAUCGAUCGCUUCUCGCCGAAACAAUAUCUUAUUCGCUGUGGAAUUAGGGUUAGGGGAUUGUCUUCUUCCUCCGCGAAGACAAUUGUAGGAGGAGGGGAGAUCCUGCCUAAUGCUCUCUACCGACGCAGCUAUAAGUCCUGGCGGGCCGGAGGCUUCAGCCUUGGGGUUGACCUUGGCGCUUCCUACACUGGCCUUGCCCUCGGCAAAGGCUUUUGCCCUCGCCCCCUUACAGUUUUGAAUCUUCGGGGGAAGAAACUGGAGAUGCACCUUCUCAAAAUAGCCGAGAUGGAGGAGGUAGAUGAAUUCAUUAUAGGGCUUCCCAAGUCUCAUGAUGGCAAGGAGACCCAGCAGUCCAACAAAGUUCGUAGCAUAGCGGGUAGGAUUGCGGUCCAAGCUGCUGAGAGGGGCUGGAGGGUAUAUCUACAGAAUGAGUAUGGGACCUCUGUGGAGGCUCUUGACUUUAUGAUAGAAAGGAGAUUAAAGAGAUCUGUUCGCCAAGGUCGAAUUGAUGCCUAUUCUGCUUUGAUGCUACUGGAGAGAUACUUCUCAACAUCAGGCAGUGAAGCUGAAUUAGUGCUUCCAAAGCAAUUGGAUUUGCAAGAAAAGCUCAGAAGAGGUUCCUACCAAGAUAAUCUUGAAUUCUAGCAAGAAAUAAACCUGAUAGAUUUUACUGGACAUCUGAGGAUUGCUAAUGGAGAAACAGCUGAUUGAUUUCUUUGCUAGCAUUUUGGAUUGGAUAUACGUGAUUAAGGAAUUCAACAUUGUACGUCAAUAGGAUAGUGAUGGCAGUUGAUGAGAUAAUGAUAACGGCAUUGGAGGCAAUUGUCGGCGGUGGCUUCUUGUCAUUUUUGUUUUUAAAAACAUCAAAAAAGUUACUUUGAAUGUUUUUUAAAAUUUCCUAAAUUAAUUGAGUUUUCAUUGCUAUUUAGCUCAUGAGA